AUGCAUGCUUCUGUCGACCAAGGUAGCCAGCAGAUGUCAUUUGAAAUACCACAAGACAUUGAUUUAAAGAGACGAAAGUCAAAAGAAGAUGUUUCUGAUGAAUUUGAAAGAGUUACUUCGGCCAAAAAACGAGCGAAGACAGGAGAAUUUGGAAAAGAUGCACUUGACAAAGAAACCAAAUAUAAGCGCAGAAUGAAACAGAAACUUGAAACACAUAAUAUCAAAUUGACUUUCAUUGGUCAUGCUCGAGCAGGGAAAACAUGUUUGAUGAGGCAGUUACUAAGGAAGCAAAUCAAACCUGGAGGCCCAGAACCUACUAAUAUGGCUGAGCUACUAUCCAAACGAAUAAGAUACAAACUUGGAAAGAGUGGAAAGGAAAUGGAAAAAAUUGAGAAGGGAAAGGACGCAGAGUUAUGCAAUCAACGUUUACGGGGACAUGUAGACAAUGGAACCAAACAGGAAAUGAAAACAUCGAAUGCACAUUCAAACGAUGAUACUGGAUAUCCUGGUCAAUCAGAAAAGGGGGCUGUAGCAUCACAUACUACUGUAUACGAACGUCCUCCACGUCAUCCGCCAAAAAAAAAAAAAAAGAUCACAGAAGACCACAGAAAAGAAAUUGAAGAUUUCAAUAAGGAAGACGAUAGUGUUGAUGACCCAUCCACAGCUUAUGUAACAAUGUUUGACUUUGGAGGAGAUGAAGUGUUUCACACUUGGCAUCACUGUGUUAUGUCGACAAACAAUAUAUACCUGCUGGUGUUUGAUGUUUCCUUGUGGGAAGAUCCAGACGAGCAAGAUAUUAUUGUCGAUGAAAUCGCGCACUGGCUUAAUGCAGUUGCAAUGUACUCACAGAGCAAAUCUAGUGAAAAGAAGGGUAUUCCGCCAAUUAUCUUGAUUGGUUCUCAUAUGGAGAAAAUAAAAACAGGUGAAUCUGAGAUUAAUGAAAAAAUCUCAAAGAAACUAAAGGCAAAACCAGGUCUUAAGGAUAUAUAUGAUGAUCAUGUAAUUGAGAUCUUCUUCCUUUCGGAGAUGGACAAGAGUGACAAGAAUGAAGAAAAAUACCUCGAAAUAUGGUGUAAAAUGGAAGAGGAAUGUUUCGAAUUGCAGUCAUGUUGGCGUGAAGAAAUUCUUGGAUCCUGGCUUGCACUUGAAAAAAAAAUUAUGCUGAAAAAAGAAGAAGGAAUUAAAUUCCUGAACAUACAACAGAUACUGAGUUUGAAUGAAGAGCUUUUGGUACCACUUGAUGAGAGGGAACUUGUCCCAUUUCUUCGAUAUUUGCAUAAUGCUGCAAGUGUUUUUUGCUUUGAUAUUAUUGGGAAAACAGACUCGGAAUUGUUAACAGCGGACGAAAAGAAACAAAUGAAAGUAAUAUUAGAUAUCAACUGGAUUAUCCAAGCCUUUGGAGCUAUCAUCACAGAUACCAAAUUUGUAUCUCUGAAAGGCAACAAACAGAAGGCAACAUGGACGGAUUUUAGAGAAUCAGCAGAACUGAACAACAAGGUACUUGAUCUUCGCUGGAGCAAUAUUACAGAAGAGGAUCGCCAGGUAUUGUUAUCUGUAAUGGAACGUCUAGGACUGAUAACAAAACCAAUGGGUGUUCCAGACAGCCAACAACAUGCAAUGAAGUCUGACAUAUAUAUUGUCCCCUGUUUAUUGAAAGAGGCCUCACCAGAUAUUGUACAAGAAAUAUUGGGAAUGGAUAAUGUGCAAUGCACUAAGACAUUAUGUCUGAUAUUCAACAAUCCCUUUGUUCUACAAGCUAUCUGGGACAAAACCAUUGCAAUAUGUAUGCAUGUAUUUGGAGAAUGUACCUACCACGAGAUGAGUCGGAAAGGUGAAUUCAGCUGCAAACAGCCACAGAGAGGGUUUAUCUGCCGAAAUGUUAACAGCAUUUGGAACUUUGUCCUUCAUUGUAAAGGGCAGAUGCUCAAACUCACAAUGUUUAAUGAUCACAAUCACAAUGUGAAGGCAGGUGUUGGGAAAGACCUGAUGCUUAAAAUUGAAGAAAUAAUCGGACAUGUUCUUUCGAUGACCAGCCAGGGACAUCAAAAGUACAGCUACUACCUCCAUUGUGACUUUUGGGUUUCUGAUGAUGAGGGUAAAGAAAGGAAGCCAAAUGAAGAGACUUUUGAAAAGAAUGAGGAGAGCUUUAAGAGUUUUGAUGGGGAAAACAAUCUUCACGGCCUGACAAAAUGUCAUUGGCUGGCAUGGUUUGGUGAGAAUGAUAAGAUUCCAGCCACGGAGAAAUACACAGACAUGACCAAGGUAAAAAAAAUCCAUGCUCACAUAGUGACGGAGCUAUCCACAUGGAUCUGUCCAGGAUUAAAACAAAGAUGGGAUAACUUCCUAACACUUUUGGAACCACACUUGGGACAUGAUGUAUUGUAUGGUGUAAAGGACAAUAGCAUGGCACAAAUCUGUGGUUGUCUAAAGGCCGAAGGAGAAAUUGAUUAUGGUGAAUAUGACCUGUUACGAGGGAUUGUCAUCAAAAUCCAUGUUGAUGCAGCUGCUGUUAUUGACAAAGCUUUGAAAAAACUGGUCCCACUUCAAUUGUCGUCAAAGUGAUGUCAACAAACUUGGGGACCUACCUCAGAUAUGAUCAGUGACCUCAUCACAAAUUCUGAUAUGAAAUGGAUCAGUCACCUCAACACACACUCUGAUAUGACAUGGAUCAGUG